UUCCAUUUUAGAACAGUGAAAUUGAAGUCUAUACCUUACGAUUAUUUUAGCAAUCGUAAACCUAAUGGCAUUAUGAAAAUCUUUCCGAGCUCACAAGUUCUUGGAGAUGUGAAUGACUUCAACAAUCCAAAAGCAACAACAGAGUUCUUUUGCAAUGAUACUGUAAAAGGCUUUGUAUCUGUCUUCUUCCUCAUCAAGCACACUACUAAAAAACAUCUCAUCAAGCUUCAGGAUGACCUCUUGUUCCUCCUACAAGUUCAGUCGCAACAUUUGGUGUUCUGAAGUUGGCAACAUCUUCCCAUCUAGCUGGUAACAAAUAUGACCUGCCGGCUUCCAGUGUUCCCAUGGGUUUUACAGGCUUCCAAGAAGAGCACCCAGAACAGCCACAUCAACACUCAUGGGCAUCUGAGUUUCAACAAGGUGUCGUGAGGCCACAGUUUGUAGUAACCAGGCAAAUGGUAGAAAAAAUAUGAUUAAUGUUUAUCACAAGAUAUGAAAUAAUUUUAGUUUGAGUGUAGAAAAAAAUUAGAACUUCAAUGAAAAUUAAAAAAAAAAAAAAAAAAGAAAAGUAAGAAAAUUGAAAGUCCAAAAGUAGGGAAAGCAUUGUAGAGAGGGAAGUCAAUUUCGGAGAACUGAUGCUGGAGAGGUUUAUCUUUAUCUAUGGCUGACUAUUAAUAACUCCGUCUUUCCCUGACCUUAACCUCUGAAUAAAACUAUCGCUUAUUUUUAGACCAGUCCCAUCUCCUAUAAAACAUACCCUCUUCCUCCUUACCUCCUUCAUAAUUAAAUCUCUUUCUUUGUAAAACAUUUCUUCUUGGUCCUCAUGGGUGCAGGAGGCAGAGUUAUUGGAGCAGGAGUCUCCGUCAUUCUUGUUAUUGGCGUCUGUAUUGCAGUUAUAGGUGGUCUCAAAGGCAGAAACAUGGCCGACGAAGGCGAUGUUUUAUCCACCACUUCAAAGUCUGUGGCUGCCAUUUGUAAUCCCACAGAUUACAAGCAAGCAUGUGUGGAGAGCCUCGACACCCUUGUCAGCAAUCAUACUGCUACUCCCACAGACUUCAUCCAAGCGGCCAUCAAUGCCACCAUCAAGGCUGUGCAACAAACCUUGGACCACGUCGGCAUCAUCUUCGACAAGCCCGAAGAAAUGAAUCCUUACCAGAAGAUGGCCAAGGAAGAUUGUGAGGACUUGUUGAAUUUCGCGGUUCAGGAGUUGCAAGCGACGUUUUCCAUGGUAGGAGAUAACGACAUGCACAGUUUGAAAGAUAGAGAGGGGGAGAUUAGUAGUUGGUUGAGCUCUGUUAUUUCGUACCAGGAGACGUGCCUUGAUGGGGUGGAGGAGUCGGAUAUGAAGAUUCAAUUGUCAAAUGGGCUUCUGAAUGCAACUCAGCUUACAAGCAAUGCGAUUGCAAUUGUGUCAGCCAUUUCUGGGAUCCUGAGUAACUUCAAUAUCACACUCACGACCAACCCAGAGUCUCGAAGACUUGCAGAAAGGGAGGAUGUUAAAGGAGGUGAGUACCCGGGGUGGAUGAGGGCUCAGGACAGGAAGUUGUUGGGCAGCAAUCACAAAGGGCGGGUGACCCCAAAUGCCGUAGUAGCCAAAGAUGGGAGUGGAAAUUUCAAGACCAUCGGGGAAGCCCUCGCUGCAUAUCCUAAGAACCACGUAGGAAGAUAUGUGAUAUACGUGAAGGCUGGGAUUUACAAUGAAUACGUGACUGUGGAGAGGACACAGACCAAUAUUUUCAUGUAUGGAGAUGGGCCGCGACAGACCAUCAUCACCGGAAAGAAAAGCUUCCAUUUCGAUAAGAUAACCACUUUUAGGACUGCCACAUUCUCGGUGAUGGGAAAUGGGUUUGUAGGGAAGUCAAUGGGAUUUCAGAACACGGCGGGGCCCGAAGGACAUCAGGCAGUGGCACUAAGAGUCCAAGCAGACGCAUCGGCAUUUUAUAACUGCAGAAUAGACGGGUAUCAAGACUCGCUUUAUGUGCAAGCUCAUAGGCAAUUCUACCGCAACUGCGUCAUCUCUGGUACAAUCGACUUCAUAUUUGGUGACUCCAGCACACUUAUCCAGAACUCGUUGAUCAUCGUGAGGAUGCCGAUGAAAGGGCAAAAGAAUUCAGUGACCGCACAUGGACGAAAAGACAGGCGGCAGACGACAGGGUUGGUAAUCCAAAACUGUCGAAUUGUUCCGGAACAAAAGCUGGCUCCUAUGAAGAACGUGUAUCCCUCCUACUUGGGGAGGCCAUGGAAGGAGUAUUCAAGGACAGUUAUAAUGGAAUCCAUAAUCGGAGAUGUGAUUCAACCGGCAGGAUGGAUGGAAUGGCAAGGGAACUUCGCGUUGGACACACUCGAUUACGCGGAAUAUGGAAACCAAGGACCUGGUUCAGCAACAAACCAGAGGGUGAGGUGGAGGGGAUUCCAUGUCAUUACCAACAGAAACGAGGCUCUUCAAUACACGGCCGGUCAGUUUCUCCAAGGCAACACCUGGCUUCCGCUUACUGGUGCACCCCACAUUCUCGGCCUAAAGAAUUGAUUUACUUACUGCCACUUCGCUUUUCACUUUCCAUUUUCCACUUUCCACUUGAUAUGUACAUAUACAUACAUGUAAGUGGGAUCAGAGGAGAGGUUUGGUCGCCAUUUGCCACCCCCCAAACUAGCCACCUGUUUCUUUCUUAUCUAUCUUCUUCUACAUGAAUAAUAUCAUUUUAUUUUCAUUUCCCAAACUAACUAUUCAGUCCAUCAUAAUAACAG